AUGGAUGAGAACUUCUUUAUUGGGAAUGUGUCUCCAGAAAGUACCAUAUCUCAGGAUCAUCACCACCGGCAUCACCAGAGAGUAGUACCAUGCUCGAGUUCAACUUUACUGUGUCCUCCAAUGAUGUAUCGAAGUCAGAAACAUUCCCGUUUGGCACUUGAGCAGAUGAAUGAAAUGCGGUCAGAUGGUUCUCUGUGUGACGUGACCCUGAUCGUUGGAACCGUCCGUAUCAAUGCUCAUCGACUACUGCUUGCUUCAUGUUCCAGCUACUUUCGUGCUAUGUUCACCUCAGAAAUGGCUGAAAGUCGGCAACAAGAAAUUCAGAUGGUGGAUAUUGAACCUCGCACAUUGCAAGGGCUAAUUAAUUUUUGUUACACGGGCGAAAUAACGAUUGCUGAUUUCAACGUCCAAUCCAUCCUACCAGCUGCAUGCUUAUUGCAACUCGGCGAAGUGCAGGAAGUUUGUUGUGAAUUUCUGAAAAAGCAGUUGGAUGCAACGAAUUGUUUAGGUAUAAGGGCAUUUGCUGACACUCACGCUUGUCGAGAUUUGAUGAGGAUUGCCGAUAAAUUUACUCAUCACAAUUUUCAGGAUGUUGCGAAAAGUGAAGAAUUCAUAUCACUGCCUGCAGAUCAGUUAAUCAACAUUAUAUCAAGUGAAGAACUAAACGUUCGGUCAGAAGAAGUUGUUUUCCGAGCUGCAAUGGCGUGGAUCCGUCAUGAUCUUUCCAAUCGACGUCAGUUUUUGCCGAAGGUUUUGGAGCAUAUUCGAUUACCUCUUUGUCCUGCGAAAUUCCUGGUUAGUGUAGUAAGUGAGGAUCCAUUAAUUAAAAUUGAUGCACAGUGUCGAGAUUUGGUUGACGAAGCUAAGAAUUAUCUUCUCUUGCCUCUGGAAAGACCGAACAUGCAAGGACCGAGAACAAGGAGUAGGAAACCACUACGUUAUGGUGAAGUUCUAUACGCUGUAGGCGGUUGGUGUAGCGGUGAUGCUAUUGCUUCGGUGGAACGCAUGGAUGGUCGGACUGGCGAAUGGCGUUGUGUUGCUCCUAUGAGCAAACGACGAUGUGGUGUUGGUGUAGCCGUGCUUGAUAAUUUAUUAUAUGCUGUGGGAGGGCAUGACGGACAAAGUUAUCUCAAUUCUGUUGAAAGAUAUGACCCAGCAACAAAUCAAUGGAGUAGUGAUAUUGCACCGACAUCCACUUGCAGGACAUCAGUUGGCGUAGCUGUUCUUGGUGGUUUGCUUUAUGCAAUUGGUGGUCAGGAUGGAGUUUGUUGCUUGAAUGUCGUGGAAAGAUAUGAUGCGCACCGAAAUGAAUGGGCUGAAGUAGCUCCAAUGAGUACACGCAGAUUAGGCGUAUCGGUGUCGGUUUUAAAUGGUUGUUUGUAUGCUGUGGGUGGUUCUGAUGGACAGAAUCCACUGAAUACUGUUGAACGUUAUGAUUCGAGAAUUAACAAAUGGAUGACAGUAAAACCAAUGAAUACGAGACGAAAGCAUUUGGGAACUGCUGUGCAUGAUGGAUGUUUAUAUGCCGUAGGUGGUCGAGAUAAUGCUUGUGAACUAUCAUCGGCAGAGAAAUAUGAUCCGAACACGAAUGAAUGGGUCAAUGUUGUUGCAAUGAACAAUCGCAGAUCUGGGGUGGGUUUGGCUGUAGUUAAUGAUCAGUUGUAUGCAGUCGGCGGUUUUGAUGGUACCACAUACCUAAAGACCGUAGAAGUUUAUGAUCGAGAAACAAAUCAAUGGCGUCAGUCGGGAUGUAUGACAUACCGACGGCUUGGUGGCGGUGUUGGAGUGGUCCGACUAGACCACGACCAAUAUGUGCCAUUCAGUCUGGAUCCUGAUUUGACACCUUUCGAUGAUCCUCCUUUGAUGUGA